AUGAUGUCAGUGCCCGGUGAAUGUGAAUCCGGCGGAAAUAGAGUUCCGCCUGGUGAUUCUUACGUAACUAAUUAUAGACGAUUUAAUUGAUCAAAUUAAGAUUUAUAAAAGCCGGAAGAAUCGUAAUGAAAUGAAGUAUAUCUUGGUAAAUUUAAAAUCAACAAAUUAUCACUAAAUGAAACGAAAAUUAAGUUGAAAGCAAGAAAACAGAGUUUUGGCAUCGUGGCAGCGAUGGGUUGACGAUGCACCAGAAUCUUGAGCGUUCCAGAGGAUUGUCAUGCAGUAUCCACGGCCUCGAAAGCUCUCCUUGGACAAAGAUGACGUGGACAAUCUCUAGAUCUCUUUACAAAGUCUAGAGAUUAAUGAAAUGGGUUGUCGAAUCGUCUUCGGCGGCUAUCAUCUGGCGGAGCGGAAAAAUGGUGACUUUGCAGCUCUCUGAUGGCUAUCAUCUGACGGAGAAGAGCUAAAUGGAGGUGGGGCCCGUGUUAGGGAGCUUCAUCCUUAAAUCCGUGCAGCAAGAGUUGGCUCUUCAUCACAUCUAGUACGCUCUCAGGAGGUGGCGACUCAUCUCCCGGCAGAUCGUCCUCUUCUUGAUGACAGCUUGUUCGUCGAUCAAUCGGAGAUGCUUUACUCGAUGGAUUCACAAUCUUUUUAUCGCGAAUCAUUCAGCAAUUUUAGUAACAAUACUCCACGAAUCGCAUUGACGAGAUUUUCACUGGUGAUUUGCAAGAAAGUCGUGAUAAUCAGAUAAAAAAUAUGAAUUUUGGCUCUGGGAGGAUUCGAACCCGCCCGGUUGCCCGCCCUUUUUGGAGAGGGUGUGACGCAGGUUUAGUCCCACAUCAAUUGUGCGUCAAAAUUUCAGGUAAAUAUAUAGUAAUAUUAUAUUUUCGAUCAAGUCUCUUUCUCACACGUGUACGACCACUCCUUGCCCCACAGCUGGCUGGCCACCGGUGAUGUGGAAGGGAGGUGGCAUGCACAUACCCCUAUUGGUCCAAGCUACUCGAGCCCCUACUCAUGGCUACUCCUCGACUGCGCUUCCGACCCGCUUGUGGGCCUGGCUGGUCGGCGGGUCCCCCCCAUUUUGUCUUAUUUUUAUUUUUAUUUCUUUUUCUUCAGUUAUCUCAAAAGUAAAACUGUAAAAAUCAUAUAAAUUAGUAUAAAAUCAAAUAAUUACCCAAAAAUUCACAUUAAUUAAUUGAAAACCACUUUUCACACUUUAACACAAAUAUAAGUCUAUUUAUCAUGAGUUAAGGCUAAAACUAUAUUAUUUAUUAAUUAUUAGCUUAUGAUAGUGAAGACUUAUCAGUGGGACACUCAGAACCCUUCAAACCUCAUGGCCCUCGCUCAUUCUUGUCCAAAUAAGGGGACGAGCAAAAAGAGCUAGGGGAGGCGUGGUUCACAUGGCGCCUUAUGUAAAACAUGCGUUUUUAUUGUAACUUUGCGACUGCUCAUCUUGUGAUUUCUUAAUAUUAUGGCUUACUCAAUGUACUAUUAGUCUACGAAGAAAAAAAGAGAGAAUGGAAGAACUGACACUUGAAGACCAUCUAAAUCUUGGCACCACUGCCCGAUGUUUGGGGUGUAAGCCCUCCAUCUCGGGAAAAGUUUUAAAUUAAGGGGUGAGAGAGAGAGAGAGAGAGAGAGAAAGAGAGAGAGAGGCUAAUUGGAUGAAAAAUCACAAACCUGUAGCAAAAGUGUCUAG